GGGCAAUUGGUCUAGGGGUAUGAUUUUCGCUUCGCAUUCCAUAGAUGCGCCUUUGUGAAAGGUCACCGGUUCGAAUCCGGUAUUGUCCACUCUUUUUGUAAUUUCUGGUAACUUAUUUCACCAUGAGUAUUGUCAUUCUUUUUCCACCUUUCUUGGAAUCCUUUGCACCUUUCUUACCGCAAUUAAAGUGUCGAGGAGAUCUGGUUAAUGAUGAACAUCGCGAACUCACUCGGAAUCCUGUCAUUCCUUCAACGUAGUUGCCUUGAGAUCAACACGGAAAGCUGCCGACUUGGCAACCGAGGCUCAAACAGUCUCACUAAAGUGGGGGUUGGGGUAACUGUUCCCCGGAUUCAUCAACACUAUCACCGUAUAAGUGCUACACGCAAUCUUUCAGAACUCUUUUAUUCAAGGUCCCAUAUCAAGUAGUCUUGGCAACAAAGUGUCGAAAAUGGCCUCAGACAAACCAUCAACAGAUAUAAUCCCGUUCGCCAAGGCAACGGAGAUCAAGAGGCUCGAUGCCAACACCUACCAAGCCAACCUGGUAGACUCAUUCUGCAUCGGCGCCGGCCAAAACAUCACUAACGACUUGACAGUUCCCAACGGUGGCUACGUAGCAUCAUGCAUUCUCCAAGCCGCUAUCCUCCACGGCUCCUCCCGUUCCCCUUCCAACCCCCAACCGCACGUCAUGAACGCUCACUUCGAGUACCUCAACCGCACCCAAGUCGGUCCCGCAGCCAUCCUCAUCGAGGACGUGAAACCCGGUCGUCAACUAACCACCCUACACGCCACUUUGUACCAGGGCAAUUUGCACCAAGACGACACCUCCACCUCUGACCUCCUCCCAACAAGAACCCUUGGCAAGAAACGCGUAACCGCCUACCUGGUAAUGACCAACCUCUCCUCCCUCACCGGUCUUUCCCUCAACACGCAAUUCACCCUCCUCCCCCCUCCCCUUGUCCCCUCACCCUCCCAAAACCCCGAUUUCUCUCUGCUCAAACAAGACCGCGACCCCCACUGGACCGCCAUCCCUUCUCUACUACCCCCUGGGUCCGGAUCCGGAUCCGGAUCCAGCUACAUCCGAGCUCUACAAAACACCCACUUCUACAUCCCGCGACGGGGCCAGGUUCGCAAAUCCAUCAUCGACCUCUGGAUUCGGUUAUCGUCAGGCGAAAAGUUCACCAAUGCAUCGCUGGGGUACGUGAGUGAUUGCUGGCCGUAUGUCGUGGAGGCUUAUCGCCCUAGGAGCAAAGAAGAGGAGAAUGAUGCGCCGUUUAGACAUGAUGCGAAGCAUUGGUAUCCUACGGUGGUGAUGAACAUUGAGCAAAAGAAGGCUGCACCGGAAAAGGGAAAGGAAGAAGAGGGCGGCAGCGGCGGGUGGGAGUGGUUGAGGAUGAGGGUGUCAAGUAAGGAGGUUAAGGGCGGGAGGUUUGAUUUGGAGGUGCUGGUGAUGGAUGAAAAGGGGGAGCUGGUGGUGGUGAGUAAUCAUGUUGGGUUGGUGUUGGGGAGUGAGAGGAAUUUGGCGGGGAGGGGGAAGGGGGGGAUGAAAGGGCAGAGUAGGAUUUGA